CGCCGUCCGAACUCCGCCGUUUGGGGCGGUUCCCGGUGGAAUUUUUGGAUGAAAUUUUUUGAGCAUGUUUCUCAUCAAGUCUAGUUUGUCCAUACCAAAUUUCAGCUCAAAAUUCUAUCGGGAAGGUCGUCAAAUGAUUUUUGCAAGUUUACUGGUCCGGAAUAUGUAUUUUUCCAACUUUCUUUUUUCGUAUAUAUUUAUGUAUAUGCACAUAUGAGUCUUCUUCCAACUUUCUUUUUUCGUUCAUACUAAAAUAUUUUUAUCUUUCAUUUUCUUGGCAGGGCAAAGAAUUUAUAGUCCACACAUUUUUACACAGUGCUUUCUUCUCUGUACAAUUUGUCACCACACAAUUUCGAUUUUCUAAAUCCAUGUGCAAAACCAAGAUAAUUUAGGGAUGGUGAGAAUAUGUUUCACGUGAAAUAUGAACAGAUACACUUUUGUCUAUUCAUUUUUCACUUUUAUUAAUUUUUCGUUAUUCUGUUUAGUGUUAAUUAAUGAUGCAAAUUAUCCCUAGAAAGAAAUACUAAUUCAAUUAUUGUCAAAUAAAUUAAAAUUGGUUGAUAUUUAUGUAUAAGUUGGACAUCUUCACAAAUUUACCUUCAUGUCAAAACAUAACAUUAAAGGUGAGUCUGUAAUUGAUCUUGCUUCUGCUUAUUUUAUAAAAGUAGAAACAAAUCACAAUCAGUUUUUCAGAAAUUAGUAUUUGCCGGUUUAUAAAAAGUUACUUGUAAGAACACUUUGGAACACUCACGAGUAUCUCUGCACUUUCACCCAAAUACUUCAAUGUCUACUUCUGAACUCUGAAAAAAAGCAAAAAACAGUUGGGAAAAGUUGAUGCAAACAUCUCCUAAAUCAUACUCCGUAUACUCCAGUAUUUGGUUUUCAAAUUUCUAAAUUGGUAGAUAGUACAUAUAAAGUAUUAUAUGCAUGAUUAAUUACAAUAGAAGAGCAUAUAACACAUUUUUUAAACACACGAUUCACAGUCUCGUAUGUCUUUUGACACAUGAAACCCAAAAAAGGCUAAGUUUUCAAGUUGUGUUAGGUAAAUUGUAGGCAGCGACAAUUUUGAAAACAGAGUCGUUUAAGGAUAGAUUAAGUGAAUGAGAAAAUCAUGACGCCCCACCGACAGUUCUGCCGAUCCCAAUGACAACGCCAUCACUACUCACUUCAUUUUGUCUGACUCACAAAAUCAUUGACUUAUCAUUCCCUUCCCCACGCGCCAGAAAGUAUGGCAAAUUAAAUAAUCCGUAUAUAUUACUCCGUAUUAUUAUUAUAACUCCGAUCCUUCUAUUUGGAAAUAGAAUUCCAAGUGAGCAGAAGCUAUGGGGUGUGUAGUGCAGUGGAGGUUUCUUCUCGACAUGUUAGUUGUGCUGCUAUUCUUCUUGCCGCCGCCGCCGGAUGUGGCGGCGGCUGACGCUGAGCAGAGGAGACGGUUGACGGAAGCAGGGGUACAUUUGGACAUACAGGAAAAACAUGCAGUGAUGAGCAACGACAUUCUGAGUGUGACGCUGUCAAUUCCAGAUGGUCUUGUGACGGGAAUUUCGUACCAAGGCGUUCCCAAUUUGCUGGAAACGAAGAACGCAGAAAACGACAGAGGGUACUGGGAUGCCAUUUGGCAUGGCGCAGGAAACGAGGGAGAACAGGACAAGUUGCUAGGCACCAGUUUCAAAAUAAUCUCAAAUAGUGAAAAUGCAGUAGAGAUUUCAUUUACAAGAGCGUGGGAUGCCUCUGGGAUUAAUGGAGCUCCCGUAAAUAUUGACAGAAGAUUUGUGAUGCUGUCUGAUUCUCCUGGUUUCUACACAUACUCCAUUCUCGAACGUUUACAAGGAUAUCCAAGCGUGCGUAUGGAAGUAAACAGGGUUGUAUUCAAACUGCGACAGGACAUGUUUCAUUACAUGGCUGUUUCGGAUGACAGGAAGAGGUUCAUGCCAACCCCUGAGGACCGGCUGACCGGCGAGACGCUUGAUUAUCCAGAGGCAGUUCUCUUGAAACACCCAAGCUCUCCAUCUCUUAGAGGAGAGGUAGAUGAUAAGUACUUUUACUCUAGCGACAGCAAAGACAUUAAGGUUCAUGGAUGGGUAUGCACCGCUCCCCCGGUAGGAUUUUGGAUGAUCACUCCAAGCAAUGAGUUCCGCACUGGUGGACCUUUCAAGCAAGAGCUAACUUCCCAUGUCGGCCCUACCACGCUUUCUACAUUUGUUAGUAGGCAUUAUGCUGGGGAGGAUCUUGAUGUCAACUUUCAAGAUGGAAACCCAUGGAAAAAGGUUUUAGGCCCCGUAUUUUUAUAUCUCAACUCAGACACGGCUGCGGAGAGUGACCCUUCUAUACUCUGGCAAGACGCAAAGGGAAAGUUGGAUCAAGAAGUUGCAAGCUGGCCAUAUGAUUUCAUUGCUUCAGUAGACUAUGAGAAGUCUGAUGAAAGAGGAAUCGUUCGAGGUAGAUUAUUCAUUCAUGACUGGUUCAUUGAUAAACGGCCUGUUCCAGCAUCUUUUGCAUAUGUGGGACUGGCAGCGCUAGGUGCUGCAGGAUCAUGGCAAAGAGAAAACAAGGGGUACCAAUUCUGGACCCAAGCUGACAACGAUGGGAACUUCUUUAUUAAAAGUGUAAGACAAGGUACUUAUAAUCUGUAUGCAACAGUCCCAGGAAGAAUCGGGGACUACAAAUACGAAUUUGACAUCAGCACUAUACCAGGUUCCAGUGUGGAGUUGGGCAAAUUAGUGUACAAACCUCCCAGAAACGGAGCUACGCUUUGGGAAAUAGGUGUUGCUGACCGCACAGCAGCUGAGUUUUAUGUCCCAAAUCUUAGUCCAACUUUCAAAGUUAAUGAUUUUGAAGAUGAUGUACAGAACAAGUUUAGAGAAUAUGGCCUGUGGAAGCGCUAUACAGAUCUAUAUCCUUUCGAUGAUCUUGUCUACACUGUUGGAACCAGUGAUUACGCCACAAACUGGUUUUUUGCUCACGUUCCCAGAGACCUAGGAAACAGAACAUAUAGAGCAACCACUUGGAGAAUUGAAUUCGACCUGGAAAGUGUAGACAGAGCAUCAUAUUACACGCUCCAGCUGGCACUGGCGUCCGCCGAAGAAGCAGAACUACAGGUGCGUGUCAAUGAUGGAGAGGUGCAACCCCCACAUUUUACAACUGGGCUCAUUGGUGGCGACAAUGCCAUAGCAAGACAUGGGAUUCAUGGGCUGUAUUGGCUCUUCAGUUUUAGAAUAGCGGGAACAGGGCUUGUUCAAGGCAGGAACAUCAUCUUUCUCACACAGACAGGAGUCUCCAGCCCUUGGACAGGUGUCAUGUAUGACUAUAUUAGGUUAGAAGGCCCUGAUGACUUUAGGAAUACUGCAGAUACUUGUAAUUCUCUUCUUCCCUCUUCUUUCUCUCUCUCUAUCUCCUUGUUUCUUUUUCUUUUGUUUUCUUAGUAAUAUUUUUCACUUGCAUUGUGUAGUGCUUUUAAAUGAAAAUGCAAAAAGAAAUACAAAAUCUACUCCCUAUACUUAUGGGCAAAAGAAUAAAAAAUAUAUUUUAAUCGGGAGCGCAUUCAAAUUAAUUCGAGAACGGAAAAAUGAGCAG